UCUGAGCAGACGGGUCCCCAGAGCCCGCCCGCCCGUGACCAUGGAGGCCAGAGCGCUCUGGCUGCUGGUGGUGGUCCUGGUCCUGGGGUCCUCCAGCUGGGCAGCAGCGUACCAGGGCCUGUCGACGAACCUGUGUGAGGUGCCGGCCAAGGACAGGGUGGACUGUGGCUACCCCCACAUCACCCCCGAGCAGUGCACCAAUCGGGGCUGCUGCUUCGACUCCAGCAUCCACGGGGUGCCCUGGUGCUUCAAGCCUCUGCAGGACACAGAAUGCAGAUUUUGAAGCAACGUCCACUGGCCCUGGACACCCCGGGAA